AACCCAGAUCUGGGUCUUCCUCUCUCAAACCCAGAUCUGUUUGCAACGCUCGAAUCAAGGAGGAAGUCCUUAGAUUAUACUCUGCAAACUCCAAAUCUCGUACCAAAGCUUGUGCCUUCUUCUUCAUCACUGGAAGUCCUUUCCGAUGAUGCUAUUUUGUCGAAUCGCUGUUCGAGAAAACCCAGAGAAAGACCCAGAGGUCGUGCCUUCUUCUUCGUCGUCGAAAGUCCUUUCCGAUGAUGCUAUUUUGUCGAAUCGCUGUUCGAGAAAACCCAGGGAAAGACCCAGAGCUUGUGCCUUCUUCUUCGUCACUGGAAGUCCUUUCCUUUUCACUUCUGCAAACCCAGAUCUGGGUCUUCCUCUAUCAAAUCCAGAUCCAUCUACAACGCAAGAAUCAGGGAUUAGAUUUUGCUCUGCAAACUCCGAAUCUUGUAACCCCAUAACAUGAAUCGUGGCCCAUAUUAUUUUCUGGCCCCUUAUUGCCUUUGGUCAGUUCCUCAACUUCAGUCUUGAGCAAAACCCAAAUUUAUAUGAUGAAAACCCAGAUCUGGGUUUGAGAGAGAAGAAGAAGAAGGCUGAUGGCAGUAGUAGCAAAAGUGUAUGUUCUUGGGGUGUGAUUAUUCCUUCAAGAGUGAUUUAUUGAGAGGAUUUGUGGGGUUUACAUUGUAAAGGAGUGAGGUUUGAGAGAAAUACUCAUCUUCUUGUAAAAGGAUUGAGUGGCUCCUUUAAGCCACCCUUGUCUUUCUUAGUGAAGAGUGUGGAGGAAAUCCUUGGUAAGUGAAGCCAAGGUAGAGGACUAGGCUCCAAGUGGUUGGACUGAACCUCUAUAAAUUCAUUGUGCAAGC